GGCUAUUUGUAAGAAAGCUGGUAAAUCUCUAAGGUUCAUGAUCUAAUAGGAAGACUGCAGGUGUGGCCAUCAGGCCCAAGUCCUAGGUGAGAAUGAAGGUCUGCGAGCCCCUAGGACCAGAUCAUAAUGACCCUAACAGCCAUUAACGACCAUAACCGCCGUAACAACCAUAACCGCCAUAACGGCUGGCUGUGCGAGACCCUUCCAGCAUUUCCACUUUUGUCAGGGACAGGAGAAAGCUGCGAGCCAGGUGCCAGUGCAGAGGGGCAGAGCGGACGGCUAGGAGCCUAAAGAACAGCCUAGUGUGACGGAAAGACUGCAGCCUGCGCCGCCAUGAAUAAGCUUUUCAGCUGCUGGAAAAGGAGGAAUGAGACCCCGAGCCGUACCUCCUCAGACCUGCCCAUAGGCCAGGGCUACAAGCUUCUAGAUAAGGAUGUAAAGAAACUUCACAGAGCUGCUUCACUCGGGGAUUUGAAGAAGCUGAAGAAAUACAUUCAGGUCAAGAAAUAUGAUGUGAACUCGCAGGACGAAGAAUACAGAACACCUUUGCAUCUGGCCUGUGCUAAUGGACAUACAAAUGUUGUACUUUUCCUAAUUGAGCAGAAAUGCAAAAUAAAUGUCCAAGAUAGUGAAAACAAAUCCCCGUUGAUUGUGGCAGUACAGUGUCAAAAGGAGGAUUGUGCUAAGAUUCUUCUAAACUGUGGUGCAGACCCAAAUCUGAUGGAUUUUUGUUAUAAUACUGCUCUUCACUAUGCUGUUUGUGGUCAAAGUUUCUCAUUAGUUGAAAAACUACUUGAACACAAAGCUGAUCUGGAAGCUAAAAAUAAGGAUGGGUAUACUCCACUAUUACUUGCUGUUAUUAAAUGUAAUCCAAAAAUGCUAAAAUUUCUUCUGGACAAAGGGGCUGAUGUGAAUGCUACAGAUAAUUAUCAAAGAACAGCUCUUAUUAUUGCUGUCAGUGGUGAAGCAACAUGUGUACAAAGAAGUCUUCUUCAGCAAGGUGUGGAAUUAUCUUGUGAAGAUGUGUAUGGAUUCACAGCUGAGGAAUAUGCUUUUCUCAAUGGUUUUACUGUAUACCCACAAUCAAUGGCAAGUUAUGGAAAGAAGAAAAAUGUUAAGUAGACACCUUAUUCUUGGUACUACAUGUGACUAAAGGAAGGACUUCAGUACUUUGUUGAAUGGAAGUGGUGAAAGUGGGCGUCCUUUUCUUGAUCCUGAUCUUACAGGAAACGUUUUCAGUUUUUCACCAUUGAGAAUGAUGUGAGUGACAGGCUUUUCAAAUAUGGCCUUUAUUAUAUUUAGGUAAUUUCCGUCUAUUUCUAGUUUGUUGAGAGUUUUUGUCAUGAAAGGGUGUUGAAUUUUGUCAAAAGCUUUUUUUCCCUGUAUUCAUUAUGAGGGUCAUGAGAGUUUUACCCUUAGUUCUGUUACUGAGCAUGGUUGUACUGAUUGAUUUUUGUAUAUGGAACCACUGUUGCAUCCUAGAGAUAAAUCCCACUUGUCAUGAUGUAUGAUCUUUUAAUGUGGUGCUGAAUUAAUUUUACUAGUAUUUUGUAGAAAAUUUUUGCAUCUACGUUAAUCAGGCAUGUUGACCUGUACUUUUCUUUUCUUGUGUUGUUUCUCUUUGAUAUCAGGGAAUGCUGGCUUAAUGAGUUUGCAAGUGCUCCUUCAUCUUCUAUUUUGGGGAAGAAUUUGAGAAGGGUUGACAUUAACUCUUGUUUAAACAAGUGUUUAGUAGAAUUCACUAGUGAAGCCAUCUGGUCUUAGGCUUUUUUUUUUUGUUGAGUUGGUUUAGAUUACUGAUUCAGUUUCCACAUUAACGUAGGUCUGCUUUUUUCCUUGAAAUAACCUGCUCAAUCAUUAACAAGAAGUGUAUCUGGAGAUAGUUGCAUUACUUUUUGUUUAAUGUUGAUUAUGUCCCUGAAAACUCAGGCAUAAAUUAAAAAAUAAGGUAAAACAUAUAUGUUUAAAAAUCUAUGUAGUCUAUGUAACUAAAAUAUUUGAGGAAUGCUGGAUUUUCAAAGAAUGUAUACAUAAUGGAGAUUCUGAAGAAAAUGAAACUGAGCCACCCACAUCAAGUGUCAUUUUUCUUCUUAUUAGAAGCAUAUGAGAUUAAUAGACUACAAUGAUUAUUAUUUAUAAGUAUGACAAGCUAAGAAUUCUAUCCUGCUUUUUGGAGAUUGACCAUUCAGAGACAAUAAAGAAGGGGAACAUGUGUUUUAUGAAUCAUCCUUGUUUAUUUUUAUGUUUCUUAAAAGUUAGUAAGAAACUUCUUCUUUCUAUCUAAUUAAGAUAAAUUUAAGAUGUAAUAGAAUGUCACAACGGAUUUCUGAUUUGUGCUUCAGGUUUAGAUAUCUGUACCCUACCAUUCUUUUAGUCACAUACACACAUACUUGUUAGAAGAAUCAUCCAACUUUAUUCAAAAGACUUGAGUGGACACUGAAGACCUUCAUAGCUAAGUGAGCCACCCCUACUCUGGAACUCAAAACUAUUGGGAUUGUUGAAGAAUCUGAAUGCCAGCAGAAGCCCUGAAGUCUUAUGGGAAAUGUUGGUCUUCUGAUGCCCUGGAAUGUUUCUAUUAUUAUUAUUAAAGUAUCAAAGUAUGAUCUUAAGGAAGACAAAGUAUAAGAAUAGGAACUUGGAAGGUGGGAGUUCAGGAGGCCACUGGAAUUUUAUUAGUUAAUUGCUCCUAUAUAUAAUGGGAUAGCAAAAAUUCCUGAGAAAAAGCAACAGUUGGGGUAAUGCACUAGAAAAGGAAAAUAACAACACUUUCCUUUGGCCUCUCUCUUAAUAGUGAAUCUUUCUAUACAUUAAAGGGCCUGACUUGUUAUGGUGAUAGAAGGCACUGAAUUAUAAAGAAAUUGGAGCUGAUAUAUAGUAUAGAUACACAUUUGCUUUUCGAAUUUUGUGAAAAUUUCCUCCUGUGAGUCAGGCAUAGAAGCUGCCUAAGUGCUGAUAGAUACUAUAAGAAAAAAAAAAAAGUUGUGAUAUUCUAUUAAUUGAAUUUGUCUCAGUAUUGUUUACAUUGUUCCCAAAUCUCAGAUGCUACAAGUGAAAGAGCCUUUUAACAGUAAUACUGUCAAUGAUUACAUAUAAAAAUAUUUCAAACCUCACAAAAUUGACAAUGUAUAUUAAAAACCUAUGACAAGAUAAAAGGCAUGAUUGCCAUGCUAUGAAUUCUGUAGACAGUUAACAAUCUCUGAAGAACUGUGGAAGCAAAAAUAAAUUAUCUGGUACCUUAUCGGGCCCAUAAGGUGUAAAAGCUGCCAUAAGAAGUUAUAUUAUGAACAUGUAAUUCUCUAACAGUCUUCAGUUAAUAAUGUGUUAGUGUCCAAAUUGUUCAUAGAAAAAGACUACAUGCUUUACAUCAGGUUUUCCCAUUUUACAAUUUGUGGUGGGAGUAGUGUCUAGGAUCACCAAAUUAUUCCAACAUAGGCAGUAUGGAAGUAAAAACUUUGCGUUGUGUAACAGAAAUAAGUACUUGCCUAGAGGGUCAGGAAAUAUUUCCAAUUAGUUCUAUCACAGAGAAAUAUGAACAAAAAUAUUCUAAUCUUUUGCGCCUAGGUUUCUUCAUCGAUUAAGAGUAAUAGAACUUAGUUUCACUAAAACGAAUGUGAAAGUAAAUAAAAAGGAAUAAUAUAGCUUAGAACUUAAGAUAUUUAAGAUAUCAUCUUUAAAAUUUUUUCACUGUAAAUAAAGUAUAUGAGUUUUUACAAAUGAUAACCUUAUGGAUCACUCCUCCGUAUAUAUUGAAACAUACUCUCCAUCACUGGAGGGUGUGAUCCGAGGGAAACUACAACAAAAGUAGAUAUUUUCUCCUUGUUUUCAUGUCCCAUUCCUCCUAAAUGCUUGAGGUCUUUGUAAUGUCAUUUGCCUAGUACGUCAAAUUAUGCUACAGUGGUCUAGGAUUUAAGCACUUCCUAACUUCUACUAGUUAACUCUUUUUCUCUUCAAUAGAGCUCUGUUUUCGUUUAGGUGAAAUUGACUGGUAGUGGCUUACAAUUAAUAUAUUUAUCCUACAAAUAUCUUUAGUAAUUAAUAUAAAUUAGUUAUUUCAGAGGGCUUUAAAGAAUGAUAUUCCAUAGUGUUUAAGAUAAAGUUUUGUAGACAGAUAUCAUCUAUUCAAAUGUCGCUACAUUUAGGUGUAUACCUACUCUGUCUUUGCAGGUUCCAUGACAAAGUCUAUGGUUGUAAUAUUGUUUCUAACAAGGCUAGUAGAAAGAAGUUACUAUAGAAUCUCUGGUUAACUUUUGCUCUCUUCCUAUAGAAAGGCAUAAAAAUAGCUGAAAAAUAUGUUUGAGAGUGUGAAUAGGUGAUGGUGGGGAUAGAGGACUGUGGAAGGGAGAAAAAUGCAAAGAUAUUUUUUUUCAAAAAGCUGCCAGUGAUUAUGGUGUAACAAAUUUUCCCUGUCCUGCUACCCUGCCCAUGGAUUUUGAGAAUCAUUAACUAAGAGGCUACUUGAGAAAAGGAGCAUUCUACUAUCUAAUUUAGACACAGAGAAAGAGGACAAAGGAAAAAAGAAAAAUAAAAACAGAUUCUUAUAGAAGUAAAAAGUAUAUUACUCUAUUCUUGCAUAAAAUUCUUACUUUGAUAUUGGGCUGGAAAGAUUAAGUAAUCAUGUGACUUUUUCAGUAUUUCUUAGGUUAAAAUAUACCUAACUUUUACAUUAGUAUCUUUAUGGAUGUUUCUAAUGUCAGGAUUAUUGAAACCCACACAUAAUUACAAAAUUUUAUUUUAAAUGAUAUUCUUCAUAGCCACCCUUUAUAUUCUUUUCCUAUAGUUUCUGAAAAAUAUUUGAUUGAAGGUUUAUAUUUUUCACCUAUUGGCACAUGAUCAAAAACUAGGCAAAUGUAGGUUGCAGCAUAUGACAACUGAUGACCCAGACUUGAAAAUUCGAGCUUUUGUCUACAUAUAAGUCUAACUGUAGUAGACUGAAGUAUAUUUCAGAAAUACCUUGCCACCUCCUUGAUGUGAAACUUGGUAUGAUCACUUGCUCUGAUCAGGAUUUUGGAGUGUAGAUGACACAGAGCAGAGCUUCAGUCAACCUGCAGUGGACAUCUAGCAUGGGCAUAAAUAAACCUUUAUUGUCGUAAGCCACUGAAGUUUCUUUAGCCAUAUCAAAAUACAGUCUAUCUUGACUUAUACACUAUCUUGAGCUUUGUGUGUGUAAUAGCAAAAUUAUGUAUCAGAAGAAUAAAUGUCCUUGUUCUUCCUUAAUUUUAGAGGUAGAUAUAGUCAAUGAGAAAAUAAAGCUUAAUACCACCAAAGGAAAUCAGUUUGUAUCAUUUUGAAGCAACUUAUUUGACAUUUAAAGAAAUAUCUUAAAAAAUAGGCAGGAAUUACAAUGAUUCUUUAUGUUCUCACACAGAGUGGCUAAUUAGAAAUAUUAAAAAUAAUGGCGUAUUUAGAGAAGUAAAACAAAUUCAUCACCUUUGUGAAUAUCAUAUUUAUGUACAUUUUCUGUGGUAAAUAUUUUACUUCCAACGUAUUUGUGUAUCAGAAAUGACAGGAAGAUCAAAACAACUUAUGAAUGGCUGUAAUUAAGAAUACUUGACUUUUGUGAAAAUUUAGAGAUCAAAAAUAUUUUUUCAACUUGGCUUUUAUGUGUGGCAGAAGGCAGCCUAAGAAAAAAGAAAGUUAACCCAGAGAGCAACCAAGAAAGAAAUUACAACAGACCUCUUUUUAGAAGUUAUGCAACCCGGAAGACAAUAGAGGGCACCAUCUUAAUAACACAGAUUGAAAGAAAA